AUGGUCUUAGACCGUGAAGCAGCCGGUACCUUGAAGGAGACGGAGGAUGAGCCGCUUUGGUCGUUGCCGCAGCAAGAAGACACGGUAUGGCGGGAUCGAAGGCUCCGCAGGACCGGUGUUUCGGAUGAUGCUGCAGCAAGCUCGCGCAGACAGCUGCAGCCGACCUCUGGGUUCUGCUCGAUUUCAACGCGGGCUUGUGAAGAUUGCUCGGAAUGGUCUUGCGGAAGUGAUUACGUGCCGAAACCCGCCGAAGCUGACUAUCCGUGCCCCCUAGGCUGCACCGACACGUUCUGUUGCAAUGCUCGCGCGCUGACGUGCGAUUCUUACGUGGACGCUUUCGGGAGUACCCUUUGCGACGAGGGGUACGUGCCGAUUGAUGGUGGGGACACCAUCGAGUGCGAAACGACGUGUGACUCCGCGACGUGCUGCCAAGCAACCGACACCCCUGCGCCGACGUCUCGGCCGGUCGUGUCAACACCUGCUCCAACUACGGCCUCACCUGCGCCACCUGGCACGCUAACGUGCGAGUCGUACGUGAGGACUUUUGGGGGCAGCUUUUGCGAUGAGGGGUCAGAGCCGAUAUCUGGUGGCGACACCAUCGAGUGCGGCACGACCUGUAACCCCGAGACGUGCUGCCAAGGAAGUGUUGUCCUCGUUGAAGUUGGCACGGUGACGUGUGCCUCGUACGUGGAUGCCUCCGGGGGCACUCUUUGCGACGAGGGGUACGUGCCGAUCACUGGUGGCAACACCAUCGCGUGCGACACGGCGUGUGACGUCGCGACGUGCUGCCAAGCAAGGCCUACUGCGGACCCAACGCCUUCACCGACGACGGCCUCGCCUACACCAGGGCCUACUGCGGACCCAACGACUUCGCCGACGACGGCCUCGCCUACACCAGGGCCUACUACGAACCCAACGCCUUCGCCGACGACCGGUUCGCCUGCACCAGCUGGCGUGCUGACGUGCGACUCGUACGUGGAGCCCAUCGGUUGGGGCCCUCUUUGCCAAGAGGGGUCAGAGCGCAUACCUGGCGGCGACACCAUCGAGUGCGGCACGACGUGUGACGCCGCGACGUGCUGCCAAGCAAUUGGCACGGUGACGUGUGCCUCGUACGUGGAUGCCUCCGGGGGCACUCUUUGCGACGAGGGGUACGUGCCGAUCACUGGUGGUAACACCAUCGCGUGCGACACGGCGUGUGACGUCGCGACGUGCUGCCGAGCAACCGAUACCCCUACGCCGACGGCCGUGUCAACACCUGCUCCAACUACGGCGUCGCCAACGCCAGGGCCUACGACGGACCCAACGCCUUCGCCGGCGACGGCCCCGCCUACACCAGGGCCUACGACGGACCCAACGUCUUCGCCGACAACGGCCUCGCCCAUACGAGUUGGCACGGUGACGUGCGAUUCGUACGUGAACUUUGCCGGGCGUCCCCUUUGCGACGAGGGGUACGUGCCGAUUGCUGGUGGCGACACGAUCGAGUGCGACACGGUGUGUGACGUCGCGACUUGCUGCCAAGCAUCCGAUACCCCCGCGCCGACGUCUCGGCCGGCCGUGUCAACACCUGCUCCAACCACGGCCUCCCCUACGCCAGGGCCUACGACCGACCCAACGCCUUCUCCGACGACGGCCUCGCCUACACCAGGGCCCACUGCGGACCCAACGCCUUCGCCGACGACCGCGUCGCCUACACCAGGGCCUACGACGGACCCAACGCCUUCGCCGACGACGGCCUCGCCUACACCAGGGCCUACUACAGACCCAACGCCUUCGCCGACGACCGGUUCGCCUGCACCAGCUGGCGUGCUGACGUGCGACUCGUACGUGGAGCCCAUCGGUUGGGGCCCUCUUUGCCAAGAGGGGUCAGAGCGCAUACCUGGCGGCGAUACCAUCGAGUGCGGCACGACGUGUGACGCCGCGACGUGCUGCCAAGCAAUUGGCACGGUGACGUGUGCCUCGUACGUGGAUGCCUCCGGGGGCACUCUUUGCGACGAGGGGUACGUGCCGAUCGCUGGUGGUAACACCAUCGCGUGCGACACGGCGUGUGACGUCGCGACGUGCUGCCAAGCAACCGAUACCCCUGCGCCGACGGCCGUGUCAACACCUGCUCCAACUACGGCCCCCCCUACGCCAGGGCCUACGACGGACCCAACGCCUUCUCCGACGACGGCCCCGCCUACACCAGGGCCUACGACGGACCCAACGUCUUCGCCGACAACGGCCUCGCCCAUACGAGUUGGCACGGUGACGUGCGAUUCGUACGUGAACCUUGCCGGGCGUCCCCUUUGCGACGAGGGGUACGUGCCGAUUGCUGGUGGCGACACGAUCGAGUGCGACACGGUGUGUGACGUCGCGACUUGCUGCCAAGCAUCCGAUACCCCCGCGCCGACGUCUCGGCCGGCCGUGUCAACACCUGCUUCAACCACGGCCUCCCCUACGCCAGGGCCUACGACCGACCCAACGCCUUCUCCGACGACGGCCUCGCCUACACCAGGGCCCACUGCGGACCCAACGCCUUCGCCGACGACCGCGUCGCCUACACCAGGGCCUACGACGGACCCAACGCCUUCGCCGACGACGGCCCCGCCUACACCAGGGCCUACUACAGACCCAACGCCUUCGCCGACGACCGGUUCGCCUGCACCAGCUGGCGUGCUGACGUGCGACUCGUACGUGGAGCCCAUCGGUUGGGGCCCUCUUUGCCAAGAGGGGUCAGAGCGCAUACCUGGCGGCGACACCAUCGAGUGCGGCACGACGUGUGACGCCGCGACGUGCUGCCAAGCAAUUGGCACGGUGACGUGUGCCUCGUACGUGGAUGCCUCCGGGGGCACUCUUUGCGACGAGGGGUACAUGCCGAUCACUGGUGGUAACACCAUCGCGUGCGACACGGCGUGUGACGUCGCGACGUGCUGCCAAGCAACCGAUACCCCUGCGCCGACGGCCGUGUCAACCCCAUCUCCAGCUACGGCCUCGUCUACGCCAGGGCCUACGACCGACCCCACGCCUUCUCCGACGACGGCCUCGCCUACACCAGGGCCUACUGUGCAUCCAACACCUUCGCCGACGACCGCCUCGCCUACACCAGGGCCUACUACGGACCCGACGCCUUCACCAACGACGGCCCCGCCUACACCAGGGCCUACGACGGACCCGACGCCUUCGCCGACGACGGCCCCGCCUACACCAGGACCUACUACAGACCCAACACCUUCGCCGACAACCGGUUCGCCUCCACCAGCUGGCACACAGACGUGCGACUCGUUCGUGGACGCCUCCGGGGGCCCUCGAUGCCGCGAGGGGUACGUGCCGAUUGCUGGUGGCGACACUAUUGAGUGCGACACGGCGUGUGACACGGCGACGUGCUGCCAAGCAACCGAUACUCCUGCGCCGACGGCCGUGUCAACACCUGCUCCAACUACGGCCUCGCCAACGCCAGGUGAAGAGGCCUACGACGGACCCCACGCCUUCGCCGAGGACGGCCCCGCCUACGCCAGGACGUACUACGGACCCAACGCCUUCGCCGACGACCGGUUCGCCUACGCCAGGGCCUACUACGAACCCAACGCCUUCGCCGACGACCGCCUCUCCUACACCAGGUCCUACGACGGACCCCACGCCUUCGCCGACGACGGCCCCGCCUACACCAGGGCCUACGAUGGACCCCACGCCUUCGCCAACGACGGCCUGGCCUACACCAGGGCCUACUGCGGACCCAACGCCUUCGCCGACGACCGGUUCGCCUACACCAGCAAUCGACACCCCUGCGCCGACGGCCGUGUCAACACCUGCUCCAACUACGGCCUCGCCUACCCCAGGGCCUACAACAGACCCAACGCCUUCACCGACGACGGCCUCGCCUACGCCAGGGCCUACAACGGAUCCAACGCCUUCACCGAUGACGGCCCCGCCUACACCAGGGCCUACUACGGACCCAACGCCUUCGCCGACGACGGCUUCUCCUACACCAGGGCCUACUCCGGAGCCAACGCCUUCGCCGACCACGGCGUCGCCUACACCAGGGCCUACCCCGGGGCCAACGUCUUCGCCGCCGACGGCGUCGCCUACACCAGGGCCUACUCGAGGGCCAACGCCUUCGCCGACUACGGGCUCGCCUACACCAGGGCCUACUCCGGGGCCAACGCCUUCGCCGACGACGGUAUCGCCUACACCAGGGCCUAG